UACCAUUUUGGUGUGUGAAAGAGCAUCUAGCCUCCAAUGUUUCAUUUGUCGACAAAAAAGAAAAAAAUAUCUCUCCGUUCAUCUUAUCCCUAAGGAUUCACGCUGGUCACAAAAAUCCCCAAAUUGCCCCGGUCCUCCUUCUUCUUCUCCCGCUGGCUUUCUGAAAAUUUUGAAAUAACCGCUCUCCCAUUUUUCCGUUCCAAAAUUCAAAAACCCAAUCCCAAUCUCUCCCUCCUUAUUUAAAUCCCUCAAAUUUCUCCUUCAAACCACAACAAUGCCGUCGAUACCAGAAGAACCACUCCUGACUCCGAACCCAGACCGGUUCUGCAUGUUCCCAAUCCAAUACCCUCAAAUCUGGGAAAUGUAUAAGAAAGCCGAGGCCUCCUUCUGGACGGCGGAGGAGGUGGACCUCUCGCAGGACCUCCGCCACUGGGCCACCCUCAGCGACGGCGAGCGCCACUUCAUCACCCACGUCCUCGCCUUCUUCGCCGCCUCCGACGGCAUCGUCCUAGAAAACCUCGCCGGCCGCUUCACCAAAGAAAUCCAACUCCCGGAGGCCCGCGCUUUCUACGGCUUCCAAAUCGCCAUCGAAAAUAUCCACUCCGAAAUGUACAGCCUCCUCUUAGAAACCUACAUCAAAGACUCCACAGAAAAAAAUCGUCUGUUUCGCGCCAUAAACACCAUCCCAUGCAUCACCAAAAAAGCCCAGUGGGCCCUCCGCUGGAUCGAUGCCUCAGAAUCCUUCGCGGAGCGCCUCGUGGCAUUCGCUUGCGUCGAGGGAAUAUUCUUCUCCGGAAGCUUCUGCGCGAUAUUUUGGCUCAAGAAGCGUGGGUUAAUGCCGGGGCUCACCUUCUCCAACGAACUCAUCUCGCGAGAUGAGGGGCUUCACUGCGACUUCGCGUGUCUCUUGUACUCGCUUCUCAGGAAGAAGCUUAGUGAGGAGCGCGUGAGGGAGAUUGUGCGUGACGCGGUGGAGAUUGAGAGGGAGUUUGUGUGCGACGCGCUUCCGUGUGCGUUGGUGGGGAUGAACGGGGAGUUGAUGAGUCGGUAUAUUGAGUUUGUUGCGGAUCGGUUGCUGGAUGCGCUUGGGUGUGGGAAGGUGUACGGUGCUCAGAAUCCCUUUGAUUGGAUGGAGCUUAUUUCGCUUCAGGGGAAAACUAACUUCUUUGAGAAGCGCGUUGGGGAGUACCAGAAGGCUUCUGUUAUGUCUAGCUUGAAUGGUAAUGGAGGGGCGCAUGUCUUCAAGAUGGAUGAGGAUUUUUAAUUUUUUUAGGAUGCUCUACUAAUUAUUACUAUUUUUUAAUCACUGUCGUAAGGUUGCUUUCAUGUUUUUAACUUCAUUCAAUGUAACGUGGCUUUUUCUGUUCAUUGUAUUAUAUAAUCCGGUUUACAGUAACGUACUUGAAUUGAAGAAUUGAUUAGAUAAAUAGUUUAUGUUGGUACCAGAAA